CUACUUUCUCCCCACCUCCUUAAGCUCAAAAACAAGACUUGUUAUUAGUUAUAGGUGAUUCGGGGUCAGAGGCGGCUGUGAGAGUGGACCCCCCCCCUUCCUUCAAGACAUAGAACUUCACAGACCAUUGAGUGACAUCGAGACUGGAAUCGGUCAACGUCUCUCUUCAGUCAUGACUUCGAACAUAAACCUGGGCCCGUCUGCCAACCCUAAUGCUAAACCAACUGACUUUGACUUCCUGAAAGUUAUAGGAAAGGGGAGCUUUGGAAAGGUCCUGCUGGCCAAGCGCAAAAGUGACAAAAAGUUCUAUGCGGUGAAGGUUCUACAGAAGAAGACCGUUCUAAAGAGAAAAGAGCAAUCUCACAUCAUGGCUGAGAGGAAUGUUUUGCUGAAGAACCUAAAGCAUCCAUUCCUUGUGGGACUCCACUACUCCUUCCAAACCCCCGAGAAGCUCUAUUUCGUCCUGGACUAUGUAAACGGAGGAGAGCUUUUUUUCCACUUGCAAAGGGAGCGUUCUUUCCUGGAGCCGCGGGCACGUUUCUAUUCAGCGGAAGUGGCCAGUGCGAUUGGCUACCUACAUUCUCAAAACAUUGUCUACAGGGAUUUAAAGCCAGAAAAUAUCCUGCUCGACAGUCAGGGCCACGUGGUGCUGACUGACUUUGGACUCUGUAAAGAGGGGAUGGAACCAGAAGGGACCACCAGUACCUUCUGUGGGACACCUGAGUAUCUAGCACCAGAAGUUCUAAAAAAGCAGCCAUAUGAUCGCACUGUAGACUGGUGGUGUCUGGGCGCAGUCCUGUAUGAGAUGCUGUAUGGACUGCCACCAUUUUAUAGCCGGGAUGUAUCACAGAUGUAUGACAAUAUCCUUCAUCAACCUCUGCAACUACCGGGAGGAAAAACCACCGCAGCCUGCGACAUUCUCCAGGGACUGCUACACAAGGAUCAGCACUGCCGCCUGGGAGCCAAGGCUGAUUUUGUGGAAAUCAAGAAUCAUGUGUUCUUCAGUCCAAUUAACUGGGAUGAUCUGUAUCAUAAGAGGAUUCCCCCACCUUAUAACCCUAAUGUUGCUGGUCCAGGCGAUCUACAGCACUUUGAUCCAGAGUUCACACAAGAGGCAGUGCCCAACUCUGUGAGUCGUACCCCUGACCUGAACACCAGCUCCAGCUGCUCCAAUGCUUUCUAUGGCUUCUCCUAUGCACAAAGUGAUGAUGACAUUUUGAGUUGAGUUUGCAGUUGACGUACAAGCAUUUUUUUUACAUACAUAAAUAGUACAGUUUUGUGAGUAACAAGCACCUUGAAGCUUCUUACGCCUGAUGGAAUAGUAGAAACCUCGUCCAUCCAUCAGAGACCUUCAGGUGUCUUCAGUCCUUCUCAAGGGCCAACCUCAACUGGAGAAGCAAAGAGGGGAGCGUGGAUGAUGUGUAAAUCAGCAAAGACUGUCAUGUUAAUCAUCUGAAUAUAUUCUGAAAUUCCCUGGUCAUCACGUGGAUCUGUUAUUUGUUCACUUCAUUAUGGGUUUCUUAAAUUACUGGAUUUGUUUUGUCCGUCACGUUGGCUUAUGUUCUAGUGGUAUCUCUCAGGCAUUGUUCUACACGGAUAUUUUUAUAAAAUCUCACAUACAUAAAAAUAACUGAUCUACAAUAUUCUUUUAAUCGCCAUUGAUCUGCUCCAUCAUCUCAUGCACAUGGCCAUAUUAGAGUGCUUAGCUGUAAAAGGGCUUCCAUAGAGGUUUAUGGAUCCUCUACUGUACCUCCAUAGGCUUCCCAUUUCAUAUGGAGUCAUACAGAUUUAGUAGGAAUUGUGGUAUGCUCCAACAGAUGCUGU